AUGAAGCUGACCAAACCUCCCCCACGAACGAAUAUAUAUCACACACACACACACACAUAUAUAUAUAAAGAGCAUCGUAGCUGCAAACAUUCAGCGCGUCACAUAACAUUUCCAGUCCCAAAAUCCCAAAAGGCCGGUACCGUUGAAAGAGUUUUGCUAUCUUGCCGCCGUCAUGUCCGCCGCCGCAGACCGGCCGCAUCUCCUGGUGUACCCAUUUUCGUCCUCCGGCCACGUCAUCCCCCUCCUCGACCUCACGGAGCGGCUCAUCGGCCGCGGCCUUGCCGUCACUGUCCUUGUGACCCCGGCCAACAUCCCCCUCCUCCAGCCCCUCCUCUCCCGGUACGCCCCGCCCGUCCUCGAUGCCCUCGUCCUCCCCGUCCCUGAGCCCCCUACCUCCCUGGCGCAGCACCGCCUCGUCAACCGGCUACGUGCCAUGCGGGACCACCACUCCCCGGCCGUCCUCCGGUGGUUCGCUUCCCACCCCUCUCCACCUGUCGCCAUCAUCUCCGAUUACUUCCUCGGGUGGACCAGUCACCUCGCUUGCCAGCUCGGCAUCCCUCGCAUCGUCUUCUCACCGUCCGCCGCUUUUGCCGUCUCCGUCGAGUUCUCCCUGUGGCGGGACCAGCCGAGGAACGAGCACCAGGACGCUGACUACGCAGUCACCCUGUCGGACCUGCCGGAUUCCCCGUCGUUUAACUGGUGGCAGCUGUCGCUUCUCUACCGUAUGUUUGCCGGCGGUGACCCAGAAUUGCGAUUUCACGGGGACGGUAUGCUCGCGAAUAUGGACAGCUGGGGCAUCGUGUUUAACUCGUUCAGUGAGUUGGAACGGCCCUACAUGGACCACAUGGCGAAGAGGUAUUUCGGUCCGGGCCGGGUCUGGGCUGUCGGCCCGCUCCUGCCUCCCCCGGUCAAUGACUCGACUGUGGGCCUCGCUGAUCGGGGUGGGUCCAGCUCAGUCUCGGCCGACAAUCUGUUGGCUUGGCUCGAUGCACGCAGGGACCAAUCCGUGGUCUACGUAUGCUUCGGAAGCCGUAUGGUACUGAGCAACGCGGAGACUCACGCGCUCGCGGAUGCACUGGAGGCUAGCGGGGUCCAAUUCAUCUGGUGCGUUAGGGAGGAUGGUGCCAACAGCGGCCGGCGCCCUGUGGCAGGGGAACAGGGAGCUGCGGUCCCUGACGGGUUCGAGGAUCGGACGGCCAAGAGGGGGCUCGUGAUUAGGGGAUGGGCCCCGCAAGUUCUGAUCCUGAGGCACCGCGCGGUGGGCUCGUUCCUAACUCACUGUGGAUGGAACUCGGUGCUGGAGGGCCUGACCGCGGGGGUGGUGAUGCUCACAUGGCCGAUGGGGGCGGACCAAUACUCCGAUGCGAAGCUGCUGGUGGACCAGCUGGGAGUGGGCAUUCGGGCCCACGAAAGAGAGGACAGCACGCCCAAUUCGGCUGAAUUGGCCCAAAUUUUGGCACGCUCGGUUGAUGGGAGCAUCCCCGAGAGAGCUCGAGCUAGGGAGCUGAAGGAGGCAGCUGCUGCCGCAGUUAGUCCCGGUGGGAGCUCGGAUAAGGAUCUGGAUGCGUUCGUCAAGGCAGUGACCGAGCUCAAAUCGGAGGGAAAGCGGGCCGUUGCUAGUUCUCCGGAGAAGGAGACUAAUGGCUUUCCCGAUGUUAUUUAGAGGGCGUACUUGUAAAUACGCAGAUAGAUAGAUAGAUAGAUGAUAAUUUUUCUUUCUUUUUCUUUCUUUUUGGCCCCCCCAGUUUUUUGGGCAUUGCCCCAGAGCACAUGAUAAGCUUUUUGGUUAUGGAACUAGAAAAAUGUACUGUUUUUUAUGGAAAAAGAAGAUGCGGUGGAAAAAGAAAACUUAAAGUAAGCAAAAAAA